CAAGUCAUGUGACGACGGCUUUCCGAGGAGACUUGUCUUUGGAACUGUCCCUGAAGUUACGGCGGAGAGAGCACCGCGGCCCAGAAAGCCAGUAACUCGAGCCGCUUCGCUCGGCUGGAGGUGAGAAGAAGUCUUGAGGGGAGAAUCACCAGGAGUUUCUCUUCCAGGAGUGGAGAUUGAUCCUGCGGAAGAAAGGGGUUCGUCAUGGCGGAUGACCUAAAGCGAUUCCUGUAUAAAAAAUUACCAAGUGUUGAAGGGCUCCAUGCUAUUGUUGUGUCAGAUAGAGAUGGAGUCCCCGUUAUUAAAGUGGCCAAUGAUAACGCUCCAGAGCAUGCUUUGAGACCUGGUUUCUUAUCUACUUUUGCCCUUGCAACAGACCAAGGGAGCAAACUUGGUCUUUCAAAAAAUAAAAGUAUCAUCUGUUACUAUAACACCUACCAGGUGGUUCAAUUCAAUCGUUUACCUUUGGUGGUGAGUUUCAUAGCCAGCAGCAAUGCCAAUACAGGACUCAUUGUCAGCCUAGAAAAGGAACUUGCUCCGUUAUUUGAAGAAUUGAGACAAGUUGUGGAAGUUUCUUAAUCUGGCAAUGGUUUUGACGUAAACCUUUUCAUCAUAACAGACACAAUAUCAAUCCAGCAAUCUUUAGACCACAACAAUACUUGUAUCCGUGUACUCAAGAAAGGGCCCCUUUCCCACCUUACACUAAAGAAAGAGCCUAUAGUUAUAAUUUAUGGACAGAUUAAUUGUUAUCUUUUCUUGUGUAGGGUCUUUUCUUGACUUAGUGAGAUCUGGGGUUACCACAGAAACGGUUCAUUACAUCACAGCUCCCAUGGAGUUAGUCCAGUCACAGAUAUGCAUGAGAUUCUAUUCAUUGGAUCAGAAUCAAAAUGAUACUUUGAUCCACUUGAGCCAUUAGGUGCUCCCUAUUAUAUAAUAUGCCCAGGCCUGCAGAAUGAAGCAGACCCUUUUUAUUGUGAAUAAUAAUGAGGACAUAUUUUUCUUUAUAUUGUUUUAUUUCUUUGCAUUGAGUGUGAGGAAGAUAAAUGGCUUAGUAAAAGUAAUAAAAUCAGUACAAUCACUAA